UCUGGAGGAAGAUUACCAGAGGACUGUCGCUCUCCUAGAGAAGGAGUCCGUGUAUGACUAUGAUAAAAUGAUGAUCAAUGAGCCAGAGCGCAUCAAGGCAGAGUCUGACAAUUGGGUCAGAUGGACCCAUGAGAGAGUGAACAGCACCUUGGCAACGGCACUGACAGCUGCUGCUACCAAGCCAAAGUGGCUAAAGGAGCUGGUAAACCAGGCAGAAAAAAGGAUGGUGGUAUCUGUUCCUCAGGUGUCAGGUGGGCCUGCUCAAGAGGUUAGCAACACCAACAAGUCGUGUCUUAAUGAUGGCCUCCAGUCUCUGAGCUUCAGCAGCCAGAGAGCUGAACAGAUAAUUGUUCAGAAGCAGACAUUCCAGGGAAAGAUCGACACAAAGUUUGAGAAGAAGAUGGCACGUCUUGUGUCUGAGGCCACCAAAAAGGAGGAGAAGAUCAAAGCUGCCGAGAUGAAAAAGAGGAUGCAGCUGGAGGAGAAGACGAGGAAAGAGCUGGAUAGAAUACACAAGGCUGAGCUGAAGGAAAAGAAGAGGAAGGGGGCUAAGGAGAAGAAAGGAGCCGAACAACUGGAGAGGAAGAGGGCAAGACAGGAGGGGGCCGAGACCAGACAGACCAGAUGUUGUUUCUGCUGGAGGAAAUCUUCCAGUCCAAAGGACAAUGCUGAAGAACUCAAUUCUUAAAAAUGUUGAGCAUUAAAUCAAUAUGUUUCAAUC